AUGCUGGGUCUACGACCGGAAUUUACAAAGGAUCUAAUAGGUCUAAUAGAUACAGAACUUAACAAUUUGAAACGUGAAGAUAAUUUAAAGAUUCAAAAACUCGAAGAAGAAAUCAAACAUUUAAAAGAGAUAAUUAAUUUGAAAGAUGAAGAAAUAGCCGUACUUAAAUCUCGACGAAAUGACCAAAAAUCCCCAAUAAAGAAAUCGGAUUUAGAAAUAUCACCCAUUAAGAAACGUGUCUCACUAACUGGAAGUAAACAGAUACAAAAAUUAUUGAAUGACGAUGAAAAACUAAAAGAAUUUGAUCCAAGAUUGACUAAAUCAAUGUAUGUCAGUGUUCAUGAUCUACCUACUCAAUAUUCAUCAUCUUCAGAGGACGAAGACUAUGAUAUUAAUAAAGAUAGUCUAUCACCAAAGAAAUCAAAUAUUUUAUUUUCAUCACAAGGUUCAUCACGUAUUAGUCCUAAGAGAAAAUUGUACUAUAAUACAAAAACGAAAGAUUUAAGUCCAUUAAAGAAAAUACCCCGAUUAGAUAAUGGGAAAAAGAUGUAUCCACCUCCAUUUCCCAAGUUAGCUCAAGAAGUUGAAGUUAGUCGAUCAACUGAAGAACAAGAAGAAGAAGAAGAAGAAGAAGAAGAGUCGGGUUCACAAUUAAAGAAAAACUCACAAUUGAAAAGCACUAAUAUUCAUGAAUUACCAACUCAAUAUUCACAAAGUUCAGAUUCUGUUUUUCAGAAAGAAAUAAUGGACUAUUUGAAGUCAUCACCAACUAAAGAAUCUAUCAACAAUGUAAUUUUUUCUUCACCUACUAAACCUAAAACUAAUCAAGGAAAACAAGAACAAGAGAAAGAGCAAGAAGAAAUAAUUGAAGAUUCACAAGAAGAAAUUGAGGAUUUAAUUCCAAAUACUCCAUCACAAUUAAUGAUGCCACCACCAAGAACCACCACGUCAGGUUCUGGGAGUUUACCAUUAAUCGAAAUUCCACCUGAUUGCAACACAGUUAUAUUACAACGAAAAUAUCGACUACAAUUCUAUAUUGAUAAAUUUAAAAAUGAUGUUAAUUUUAAAAUCAAUUUUAAAAAACAUCCUACUAAAAUGAUUAAAUGGGAUUUUGGAGAUUUUAUACCUAAUCCAAAUCAUCAACUUGAUGAACAAAUGAAAUUUAUUAAAAAAAAUAAUAUUAAAAAUGAGGUUAAAUAUGAGAAAUUUAUUAAAAUAUUUGGAGAUAAACCAGAAGUUCAAAAAUUUGGAAAAUUUGAAGAUGUAUUAAGUCAAUUAUUUGAUAAAUUUCAAUCACCUCCAGGAUUUAUGAAAAGUGAAUUUCCUGAUACUCAAGAACAAAUUAAAAGAAAAGAAAUUAUUCAACAAAGACAAGAAAGAAGAAUAUUUAGAAGAAUUUAUGAAUCUACUAAAACUAAUGAUCAAGGUUUACAAAUUGGAGAAUUUAUAUUUGCAAUUGAUAUUUUCAACAAAUAUGUAAUUAAUGAUAGAUACUUUAUAGAGUAA